AUGCUCCCAAACACUCUCGAAGACGAGCCUAGGUAUAUUGACAUCAGAAAGCUGGUCGACUUCAAGGUCAAUGCCUCACAUGCUCGUGCUUCUAUUCUCGGUUUCAUCGACAUUUUGCGGCCUAAAGGUGACGGAGUCGUGGAUUCAGGAGACGAGACCAAAGAUCUCGGAAUUGAACAAGCUACUGUCGAGCGUGACAUGGCAACAAGGUCACCUAUACACGACGACCCCAUGCACGACCUGCAGAGCGCUCUAAUUCGGCAACAACCCCGGGAAGACAGCCCCGUCGCUCUACCAUCAGACUUCCCCCAAACCCGUGAGUACCUACGAGGCACUGACUCAAGCGUCAAUCAUGUUCCAACUCAGCCGGAGAUCAACGUCAAUCAGACGCAACACCAGCAGCAGGGAGAGCCAUGGCCUCAGCACAAUCAGGCUGAUAUUGGAUUUGGGCCUCCUUUCCCACUCCAGGGCCAAGGUGUCACAGAGAGGCUGACUUUGGACCCAUACUAUCCUUUCUUUGACCAAACGAUGCUCGAUCUCUUCCCAAACGGAGAGAUGCCAGAUCUUUCCCAGCUGGAUACGGAGCUAAGCAAUUUGGAAUACUUUGAUGUUGAAGGCUGGAACGCCGGUUCAACGGAUCCUGGUGAAGAAUGCUGA